UGGGGCGCCAGAGAAGAGUCAUUGCUUCCGAAACUUCCACCGUCAGCUGAGUAUGACGAUCCAUCACUGAGGAGGAUAUACGAGUAUUACAGAGAUGAUCUGACCUACAUCCUGGAGAACAUGAACCCUCAUUCCAUCCUGGUAGAACUACAAUGUCGGAAAUUUUUAAACACAGAUAAAUACCUGUCAAUGGAAAAAGAUCCAUGUUCCUUCUCUCGCACCUUGUUACAAGAUAUUCGGAAUCGGGGAAGAGAAGCUGUGAUUGGACUCUGGGAAUGUCUCUAUAUGUUAAAGAAAGAUCGUCCUCAUCCGAAUUUAUUGGCCGUUCUG